UUUCAUAACCUAGAAUUUGUACAUACUUUUGAAAGGAGAAAAAGGUUAUGUAUACAAAAUUGUCCUUAUUUAUUUAAAAUGUUUAAGGUAUUAAGACCGGUAUGUAAAAACAUAAAUGCAUAUAAUCUCAGAGAAACUAAAAGAUUUGCGGGUCACAGCAAAUGGGCCAAUAUAAAACAUACAAAAGCUGAAAAAGACGGUGAAAAAUCUACCAUGAUUGACAAACACAUAAGGCAAAUGAGAGCUGCAGUAGCAGAGGGUGGCACUGCAAAUCCCGACAUGAAUAUGAAGUUAGCAUAUCUAUUAGACCAAGCCAAGAAGAAAAACAUCCCGAAUGGUACAAUAAAAGCAUUUCUUGAAAGAAUGCAAAGUACGAAAAUUAAUUGCCACAACGUUUGGAUUAACGUGCAAGGACCAUGUGGAUGUUUACUUGUUUUUCAUCUAGUAACAGACAACGUAUCUCAAACAAAACAUAACAUAAACACCAUGCUAAGAAAAAAUAUGUGUAAAUUGGCUGAUGGUUCUGUAAAAUCAGCCUUCAACAUAGAAGGAGUUAUCACAACCCCAAAUUUCUGCGAUAUCGACGCAGCAACCGACAUAGGAAUAGAAAUUGGCGCGGAAGAAGUUUCAGAGUUUCAACAGGAUGGCAAAACAUUUUUGAGGUUCACCUGUGACCCAGGACACUUGAUGGUAGUGAAACGGAAUUUAGAAAAAUUAGGGCAUCCAAUAAUUUCAGCAGAUGACCAAUAUACACCACUUUCUCUAGUAGAAGUGACUGACGAAGGUCUUGAAUAUAUUAGCAAACUUUUAGACCGAAUAAAAGCUACAGGAGAGCUCGUUAAAUUUUUUGACAACGUCGCCUAGAAGCCUUUUAAUCUAAUAUUGUAAUGGCAUCAAUAUUUUGUAAAUAUGCAAUAAAUAAUUUACUUGUAAAUAAA